AUGUCGAAGGAAGCAGAUGAAAUUAGAUACUCAUGUGAAGAGCUCAGAGUAAUUUAUAGAAAUUUGGUGAAAGACAAUGCAGACAGAAGAAGUAAUUUUAAGGUACUAGAAUAUAAAUUGGAAAAAUUAAAUAGGCUUAAAUUAGAAUUUACUGAGAAUAGGGAAAAAUUCAAUAGUGAGCUGUGUGAACCAAAAUUAGUAGAUAGGAUAAAAUCGUAUGUAGUUGAUAUAGAAAAAUAUUUUGAUGCUAGUUACGGUAUUGUAACUCAAAGGUUGAAUAAAUUGAAAUUAAAUCCCGUAGAGCCUGAAGUAGAUUUUGAACACGAUUCGACAGACAAAGAAUUAAAAAUGUCUGAAAAAUUCGAUUUAAAAACUGCUGCAGGUUUAAUUCCAGUCAUGAAUGGAUCUGAAGCAGUAACUAAUCAACUGAUAGUUGCAAUUGGCUUAUAUGAUUCUUUAUUAGAUAUUGAGGGCAUAUCGUUAGAUCUGCCCCAGUCAAUACCAUCCAGCAGUGAAGAAAAUGUUGAAGACAGAAGAACACCUCCUCAAAGUCCAUCCACACCGUCCAGCAAUGGAGCAGAUGUUCAGGAUGAAAGUACUCCUCCUCGAGGUCAACCUCCACCAGAUGCUGCACCAAAGCUAAGGAUAAAACUUGGUCCAAACCCUUCGUGUACCCUUCUGGAUCAAUGA